AUAUUGGUGUAGCGUCAUAUCUGUACUCUGUGGCUUCAACAGCAUACCAUGGUAUCGCAUGCUUCGGCCAUGGCGUCUUCGGUAUGUCUCACAAUGUCCCUCCCCAUUCUUCCUCCAAAUUCUAGCCUCGGACGGCUGAAUUCGAGCUUCGGUGGAGCCCGCGUCAUCGCCGAUAACACUGUUAGUGUGUUCAAUUCUCGAGGUGGAGAAAGCCUGCCGUGCUUGCGGAUUCGGGCUGAAGGUGCCCCUAAUUUGGAAACUGGUGACAAGGUCUCUGGUUGGAGAGGAGUGCCGACAAAACUAAACACAUGCCCACAUUCAAGAGAGAUUCGUCAGUACUUCUACAAAGACGCGUGCCAGGCAGCUAAGAAUGCUAUUGACGAUGGAAAGCAUAAACUUAAGGUCCUGCUUACCAUUCCCGAGCUAAAUCCUGAAAUGGAUGUGUACAGAAUAGGGACUUUGCUGGAACUCAUACGAGAACUUGCGUUCACUUUUGCGAAUGAUGGAAAACGCGUCAGAGUUUGUGUACAAGGACCCAUGGGAGAAGGAAUAUUCUCAGGUAUGCCAUUAGCACUUUCAGGUACCCGUCCAAUGCUGGAGCGCAUGGACUGGGGCGAGUAUAUCGAGAAGGACACCUUCAUUAGAUUCGGCGCUGUAGGUGCUAAAGAGGUUUACGAUGAUGACGACAUGUUCAUCCUGAUGGCACCACAAAAUGCUGUUGGAAAUUGUAUUAUUGAUGAUUUGAAAGCAAUGGUGGAGGCAGCAGGUGACAGACCCGUUAUCAUACUCAAUCCGAAACUUAAGGAUAUUCCAGCCUCUGGUGGAAUUAUGCAAGUGGGUGGACGACAGGAAAGGAUGGAGUUUGCCGAAUCUUUUUUCACUUGCUACAAUUUUCGCCUCAUGUACACGUCAGGCACCCAGUACCCAAUUGUCGGUGCAUUUAGGAUGGCAUAUCCAGGACCAUAUGAGAUUUACAGGAGGUUUGAUUUAGACCGUGGUGUUGAGGUUUACAAACUCAUAGCAUCAUUUGACCAUGAACCAACUCGGUCUGAGAUCAGUGACGCGUACAAUGGGAUAGUAAGGACGGCCCAAUCGGCACCUACUGGAAUCUGGAGUUUCUUUUCAAAUCUUCUUGGCUGAGAACUGGAGUUCGUAAGGCUUAGCUUUCUUUUUUUUGUAAAGCGAACAAUUUUAUCUCUUCACGUAGAGUUCCAAAUUUUCUUGUGCACUGUAGUCUUUUUAAUGAAAUAAUUCAGCAGGUAUUUUGAAACCUAUUUUUUUCAAUGUGCUAGUGAGGAUUGUUGAGCAGUAUUAACGUAUUUAGAAGUUCCAUGUGAUUUAGAUGACUUCAAUGGAGAUACGGAGACAGUAAUUGUAUUGUAGUUGAGGUUUCAUGUCACACAACUGGAAUUGUAGAAAUCAAUUUGAAUAACGUUGAAGGUGUAAGCUGC